CUAGAGGUGUAGGUAUAUAAGCUACAAUCGGAGCGUCUGCAGUCACAUUCUAUCAUAACAGCCAGCAAAAUGAAGGCUUUUCUCAUUCUUUUGGCUUUUAUUGGCAUCGUUACUGCUUAUCCACGGGUUCGCCGGGGUGCAGUUUAUGGCGGUUAUGGUGGACAUGGAGUAUAUGGUGCUCACGGAGCUUAUAGUGGCCAUGGAGCAUAUGGUGCCUAUGGAGCCCACGGUGUAGCUCUUGGUGGUCCAGUUCUAGGGCCUGCUAGUCUUGCUGGUCCUCACGUGGGCGCAACAGCUCUUGCCGGUCCAGCGAUUGGACCAGCUCAUUUAUCUGGCUCUGUCGCUGGUCCUGUACAUGUUUCUGGAGCUGUUGCAGGUCCAGCUACUGUUACAGCUUCUGUAGCCGGCCCGGCACACGUAGAAGGUUAUGAUGGAGAUUAUGGUCAUGGAUAUGGCUUUGGUGGAUUCAGUCAUGGGGCUUAUCAUGGAGGAUAUGCACAUGGUGCUUAUGCCGGACAUGCAGGAUUUGCUGGAGGAUAUAAUCAUGGAGCAUAUGGAGUAGUAGCCUCUGGUACUCAUGGUACAAUUCUUUCUGGACCUCAUACUCAUGGAACAGUUGUAUCAGGACCUCACUCAGGUACUGCUGCAGUUUCGGGUCCACAUGCUGGUGAUGUUGUGAUUUCUGGACCUUCCGGAAAGAUUACAGCUCAUGGUGCUGGCCAUGGUGCUGCUGUGCAUGCUGGUUAUAGCCAUGGACAUCAUUGGUAAACAAAAAAGCAGAAAAAAUAUAGUUUUUAUGAUCUCUAGUACAAAUUAACAUUCACACAGCUUGUAAGAAGCUGAUAUCUAUGUACCUCGAAUUUAAUAACAAGUUAAAUAUUCAUAAUUAAAAAGUAAUUACAUCUAUGUAUCACAGAACUUUGUUAAAAAUUGUUAAAAAUUUGUUAAAAGAAAUUCGCACAGCUUAAUAAUCAACUGUAAUCUAUUUUUAUAAUAAAUUAAUUUUCAAUGUUCCAUGGAUUAGAAUUAAAUAUAAUUUUUUUAAAUGAUAAAAAUUUAACGAAAUUUAUUUGGUAUGCUGGCAGUUAACUCUGCCUUGAAAUCAUUAAGUUUUUGAUAAUAAAUCAAGCUACUAGUUAAUAUAAGUGCGUUAUAACAAAGGAAAGAUUAUAUGGCAUAUUCAAUUCUAGUAGAAGCAGAUACAUUUGCAUAUCUAUAGGAGAAAUAUACUCAGAACUUAUAGUACAGAUUUAACGAGACCAUAAAGUUACAUUAGUCCAUGAGCAGCAAAUAUCUGUCUAAUAUUUCUUGUUUCCUUACAACUACAGUUCUAAACUACGAUUGUAAUCUGAUGUAAAUUCUUUGAAAACUCGAGAGCUUCACACUUGCUUUAUUUUCCUUCUUUACCGAUGCAUUCUCCAUAGAAACUAUUUACAUUGUCUGUCAUAAUCAAUACAAUAAACAAAUAUUAUGAUAUUGACUCA